CAAUCAAUGAUAAAAACAAAAUAAACAAAAUACGACUCAUCGUCUCUCGCGAAAAACACAAGAGGGUUUUUCAUCUUGUGCUUUUUCUUUCAUUCAAAUCUCGUUAAAGCCGACCGAUCUGAAUAGAUUAACGGGAUAUGUACAUACGUAUCGUAUACAAUAACCAUUCACAUGAAUAGCAGUUUAAAUAGAGUAUUUUCGUUGUGAUUAAAUUUGAUUUGGUUCAACUUCGUUGCGAUACGGUUUUAUACCAGUAGCUUGACCAGUAGUUGAUUUGAAGCCGUCGGAUAGUUUAGAUCUGUUCGAAACAGCACAUUCAAGUGAUUCGAAUGGCGAUUAUUCCAUUGCGUUCGGAAAGAAUGCGUUAAAAACAAAGAAAACAAUGGUGAAAAUUUAAAGUUUCGAAGUUCUACACAAAUUUUAAUCGAUUUAAGUACGCGACAUGUCUAUCGUUGAUAUCAAAAACAGAUUAUCUUCGUCUAAGUGCACAAUCAUAUUGUAUGACUAGACUAUUGAGCAAAUUCGGUUUUAUAAUAAUCUGAGGAUUUUAUUUGCGUUUUCAAUUUUGCGUUUUUUGAUCAUGAGAUUUGGUUGGUAACAUUUAAUUCAGCUCAUAUACGCUGAGGAUAAUCAUCCAUUGAACAGUUCUGUUCAAUGUUUUUGACCUUUAUCCAUCUACGAAAAAAAUGUUCUGCGUUCCACAACUCUAACAAGAAAAUUUAAAUUAAUUGGUAAGGAAAAAAAGAUUGAGAGUUGAUUUAUGAUCAUUUGCAUUCAUGACGGUCUCGUUGGAGCAAUGGAAUGAACUAACAUUUUUCUUGAAAGUUUCGUUCUACUUCUGAGUAGUCCGCAAUAUUAAAAAUCUCAUUUGAAUAGCAAUUGAAGAGUGUGCAGACAAUAAGUCAAGGUUGAGACUAGUGCAUAAUGUUUUAUCAAACAAAAUAAUGGAAAUAUGACGACGAACGUCACGUCUAGUGUCUAAGAAAAUAGACUAUACCAAAAAAAACCAGUGAUAAUGCUUUUGGUGAACAGAUAAAAUUGAGUUAAAAUACAACGAGACGAUGAACGCAACAAUGGAAAAUUUAGGAUACAAAGAAAGUUCUGCUAAGCCAUUCAAACGGCAACGUGUAUCACGAGCGGCAAGUGUUGCAAUGUGUGAAUCCGAUAGCAUACCGCUAUCUACUCAACAAAGGUUCAAAACGGCCCAACCGAAUAUGAUGGUGAAAUGGAGAAAUGACCCCGAAAUAAUGAUUGAGGAACAAUAUCCAUCCGAAGAGUAUGAAUAUAUGGAAUGCGGUCCAUCGCCACCGGCUGAAAGCGUUCCCAGCAUGUAUGACAGUUUUGAUGAGUCGCCGGUGGAUUUGAGCGUUCAAAUUUGCAAUGAAAAUCUGCGGACUAAUUUAAUUGAUCAGAUGAAAAGUGCGUCGGGACGAUCCAAAUUACUAGAUGACAUUGAAAAUGGUACCAUUACUGCACAAAAUGCGAAGAGUUCAUUUGAAUUUUCCACUAAAGCGGAAAAGAAUAUUUCGUUUUUGUGGUCGGCCUUUUUAAAGCGUUUGGAUUUGUUGAAAGAACUACUUUCGAUGGGUGCCGAUUUACAAUUUUGCGACCCCAACGGAAUAUCGGCUUUACAUUUGGCUGCAUUUUCUGGUUGUUUAGCCUGUACGAGUUUCUUGAUUGAAAAUAAAAUUGAUGUCAACUUACAAUCGAAGACGUAUACUCCCCUACAUUUUGCAGCAUUCGGCAAUUCCCCAGAAGCGGCUAGAAUGUUAAUAAACAACGGUGCAUCAAUACACACAUGCACCUCAAAACAAAAUUGUGAAGAGUCGCUACUGCACUGUGCUGUCCGUGCAAAUGCCAUUGAAUGUGUGCAGCUCUUUAUUGUAGAAGGAGCCGACGUGAAUUCCCUUAAACCGAAUGGAACCAAUCCCAUUCAUCUGGCAGCCGAUCUUGGACUUUCGAAUUGUUUAAAAAUUUUACUGGACAGUCCGAAUGCUGAUCCGAAUAUCAGGAUUUGUAUUCGGGAAAAGGAAUCGACUGCAUUACAUUUGGCUGCGGAUGAAGGAAAUGUGGAAUGUGUUAAUUUAUUGUUGGCUAAGGGAGCAGACGCAUCCAUGAAAAAUCAUAGAGGUUUCACAGCACUUCACCUAGCGGCCCGGACUUCGAGCUUGGAGUGCGUCGAAUCACUGCUCCGUAAUGGAAAUGCAGAACCAAACGCUGAAGAUUUCGAUGAAAGAACUCCACUGCAUGCUGCUGUUAGCAAGUCUGAUAACGCCUUCGAUAUCCUAGAGACCCUCAUUGCAUGGGGAGCUAAUGUAAAUCACAAAGAUAUUUUCGGUUUUACCGCUCUGCAUUUGGCUGCCUUGGAUGGCUUGGCUCAUUGUGUGGAAAUGUUAAUCUUUCAUGGAGCGGAUGUGUCGACAAAGUCGCGUAAAGGAACGAGUGCAUUGAAUGUGAUCACUCGUAAAACCCCUGCCUCACUGGCUAUGAUCAAUCACAAACUGGACUCGGCUAUAACGUUACAUCAGUCACAGGACACAUCAACAAGAGAGGUGGAAUUGGAAUUGGACUUUCGCCAGUUACUACAGCAUUGUCAUCCACGGGAAAUUAGUUUUUUGAACACAUUUGUGGAGGAAGGUCAGAAGGAAUUCCUGGAACAUCCACUCUGUUCAGCAUUUUUAUACAUAAAAUGGGGAAAGAUCCGAAAAUAUUAUAUUGCAAGGCUGUUGUUCUGUUUCACAACCGUUUUGUUCUUAACUCUGUACGUCCUAACCGCGUUGGCACACAGCUGUUACAACGGAUCAAAGGACAUGAACGAAACAAUCAAAGACCAGGAACUGUGCCAAAAGCAAUCGAUUCUUGGUGAUAUGCUCAGGAAGAAUCCAUUCGUCAUCGAAAUGCAGUGGUGGGUUCUGGUUGUGAUCAUAAUAGGAGAGAUAUUUCGAAAACUGUAUGGACUGACCGGAUAUUCAUCAUUCAGGCAUUAUGUGACCCAGAUAGAGAAUAUUAUCGAAUGGUUCGUCAUUGUUAGCGUGUUCCUCACAUCGUAUAUUUACAACAAUCGCACAGACAUCUGGCAAAAUCAUAUCGCUGCCUUUGCUGUGCUGCUGGGUUGGACAAAUUUGAUGUUGAUGAUUGGUCAGUUGCCAAUUUUCGGUGUUUAUGUGGCUAUGUAUACGAAAGUGCAAGUGGAAUUUGCUAAGCUCUUUAUGGCUUAUUCAUGCAUGUUAGUGGGUUUCACGAUAAGUUUUUGUGUAAUUUUCCCCUCAUCACCAGUGUUCUCCAAUCCAUUGAUGGGAUUUAUAACAGUACUGGUGAUGAUGAUCGGGGAACAAGAUCUAACUUUGCUAACCAACGAUCCGGAUGGCCAGGAUCCUCACGUUCUGCUUGAGAUCAGUGCGCAAAUCACAUUCGUUUUGUUUCUACUAUUCGUCACUGUUAUCCUGAUGAAUCUUCUCGUUGGAAUUGCGGUUAACGAUAUUCAGGCGUUGAAAAAAACUGCCGAGCUGUCCAAAUUGGUUCGACAAACCGAACUGAUUCUGUACAUCGAAUCAGCAUUAUUCAACCGAUAUCUACCGACGUGGCUGCGAAAAUUACUUCACUAUACAGCUCUAGUGUCGCCACAAGCCUAUCGAGUCGUACUGUGUGUGAAACCGCUCAAUCCUGGCGAGAAACGACUCCCUAAAGACAUAUUGAUGUUAGCUUAUCAGGUCGGAAAGCAACGGAAACAUUUCGGUAACACAAUAUCGGCCCGAAAUUCAACAGCAACGUCGUACAGCCACAAAUUUUCCAUCGAAAACAAUAAUUGCGUUGACAAAGCAAAAGACGUUGAUCUGGACACAGCGGGUAUCGGUAACAUCGGUGCGUUGACAACGAAAAUCGAGGAAAAUGCGGUGAAAAUUGAUUCAUUGACCGAUGAGAUACGAGAAUUGAAAUCAGUGCUAAAACAGAAUCAUCAGGUCAUCGAUCAAUUGCUGGUAUUUAUGGCCAAUCAGCAUAAGAACAGUAUUAAUAGCUUGAAGAAAUAACGAACACUGUGAACAUUAAAUAAAGACUGGGCAAGUGUUUUAUGGCUGAUGAUUGUUUCGUUGAAAUCAGCAGAAGGAUAAUUUUUGAAAUUUAAUUUUGUACCGCGGCCACAAACUUUUUGUGCAGAUUAAAAA